UAUGUGCGCGGUCACUCUGUUUUUGUGUGAAAAUUCUGUCGAAAAGAAUCUGUUAAAAGUUCUUUGAACACUAAUUCCUUGCACCUCCUGAGACCGAAUUCGUGCUGCUUCAGAAAACUGUGAUUGGAAUGGAAACUUAACCAAACUAUAAGGUAGAACCGGGGCAGAUUGCGCAUCACAGGACCGCACAAACGAAUUGUCGCGUCGCAUUACAUUUUAGUGUUGCCACCUUAUACGGAGUGCCGGGCACAAUUCCACUUGCUAUCCAAACAGACGCGUUGCGGCCGCGAUGUGCACGCCGUUGAAUUGAUUCCCUCGCCCUUUUGAUUGAGCACAGUUCGAAUACUCCGAUCGGUGUCCUCCAGACUUCAACGACGGCAAGCGGUCGGACAAACUAAUCGGAAAACGGGCGACCUGGCAAUACUGACAGGGCACAUAAUGAUGUGAAUCUCGGAAAAGAGGAAAGCUACAGGAAAAGCAAGCCGGUAAAGUGCGCAAAUGCGAGUGGCAAGCAAAGACCUUUGUUUCCCAUUCCAUGAAGUUUUUUUUGAGUUGUCCGCUGCUGUGAGUGGUCAUUAUCAGCCAUCAUCAUAAUUGUCAUUAUCAUCACCAACGGAGCUCGUCGUUAUUAGGCCAGCCACCAGCUAAACGGCCUUGAGAAAACUCACAAGCGCCUGGCCAUCCAAGUCUUGAACUUCGUCUUGGUCUGGAUAUCCGUAUCCAAUCACACAGUUCAGUUAUGUCCUCGACUGCAGGAAAGCGCAAGGAGAUCUACAAAUAUCUCGCGCCAUGGCCACUGUACUCCAUGAACUGGAGUGUAAGGCCGGACAAGCGAUUCCGGCUCGCACUAGGCAGCUUCAUCGAGGAGUACAACAACAAAGUACAGAUUAUCAGCCUGGACGAGGACACCAGCGAAUUUAGUGCCAAGAGCACCUUUGACCAUCCAUAUCCGACAACCAAGAUCAUGUGGAUCCCGGACUCCAAGGGUGUCUAUCCGGAUCUGUUGGCCACCAGUGGCGACUACUUGCGGGUGUGGCGUGCCGGGGAACCGGACACGCGGCUCGAGUGCGUACUAAAUAACAACAAGAACAGCGACUUUUGCGCUCCCCUCACUUCGUUUGAUUGGAACGAGGUUGAUCCCAAUCUGGUGGGAACCUCGUCGAUAGACACAACCUGCACUAUCUGGGGACUGGAGACCGGACAGCCGCACGCUCGCGUCUAUGUGGCAGGACACGUAAAAACGCAACUGAUUGCCCACGACAAGGAAGUAUACGACAUUGCUUUUUCCCGGGCUGGCGGCGGUCGGGACAUGUUUGCCUCGGUGGGAGCUGACGGGUCGGUGCGCAUGUUUGAUUUGCGGCACUUGGAGCACUCGACCAUUAUAUAUGAGGAUCCUGCUCACACGGCGCUGCUGCGCUUGGCCUGGAACAAACAGGACCCGAACUACUUAGCCACCGUUGCCAUGGACUCGUGCGAAGUAAUAAUUUUAGAUGUUCGUGUUCCUUGUACACCCGUUGCAAGACUGAGCAAUCACAGAGCGUGCGUCAACGGUAUUGCGUGGGCGCCGCAUAGUUCCUGUCACAUCUGCACUGCCGGUGAUGAUCACCAAGCACUGAUCUGGGAUAUACAACAAAUGCCACGUGCAAUCGAGGAUCCAAUUUUAGCCUAUACAGCUGCCGAGGGCGAAGUCAAUCAGAUUCAGUGGGGCGCCACACAACCCGACUGGAUAGCCAUUUGCUAUAACAAAGCGUGCGAGAUCCUGCGGGUCUAAGAGUCAUUUUUUGGUCUGGUCCUUGCUGAAGCACCUUGCUGCAAUUGCUGAACAACGCACAGUCGACAAAGACACAAGUCAGAAAAACACACACCACCCACAAAGAAACAUACAUUUGCUGUUGGUAACUUGGAGGCGGAAAGCAUUGAGCUUAAGUUGGAUUAGUUCUGUCAACACGCGUCCGCAGUUUGUUUAAUUUUACUGUCUGUCGAGAGAGCGAAAACGUAAAGGGAAAGAGGAAGAGAAAGGGCUUAAAAGAAAGAGAUGAGUUUGAGGGAAAGAGAAAAGGACGGAGCACUUAUUCUAGAAUUCAUAGCUGAGUUGAUUUAACAAGUAUGUAAUUAUAUAAGGUAUAACCAAAAUAUGUA